AUGCGUAUUCGAAAUCCAUGUUUGGUAUCGGUUUCGGACGACUCUACCAUAGUCGUCUGGACGGAAGUUGAGGAAGCGGUGAAGAUUCGGUCGGCCGCGCCGAAGGAGGAAACCACGGAUGAUAUUUUGAUGUCGCUUAUUCGGGAUCACUCGGAUGAGGGCUCGAUUUCGCCCCGUUUCGGCGAGGAGGAAGGCUUUGCGGAGAUGCUCUGA